AUGUGUGGGAUAUUUUGUCAGCUGAGCUCGUCACCUGCUCCAUCUGAACCAAAUGCCACGGUUUAUGAACAACUAAAAAAGCGAGGACCAAAUUGCAGCAACAAUCUCAUGAUUCAAGGACCGGGCUGUUGUUACCAGUGUGUAUUUUCAGCUCAUGUUCUUCAUAUGAGAGGGGCCCUAACUCCACAGCCUGUUCAAGACGCUAAAGGGAACGUCCUGUUGUGGAAUGGAGAGGUAUUCGGGGGCCUCCCGGUUUCCCCAAAUGAAAACGAUACUACUGUUGUUUCUGAACAUUUAGCAGCUUGCAGCAGCCCGUCUGAAGUACUUGAUGUCUUCUCCUCAAUACAAGGACCCUGGGCGUUCAUUUAUUACCAGAAAGCUGCGGAAUACCUCUGGUUUGGACGAGACUUCUUUGGUAGGAGAAGUUUGUUGUGGAAAUUUGAUCCAGAAGUAAAAAUAUUCAGUGUGUCUUCUGUGGCGGCUCAUAAUUUGGAAGAUAAUGCUUGGAAAGAGGUCCCAGCCGCCGGUCUGUACAAAAUUGACCUAAAGACGAUCAACAAAGGCAUUACAUUUGAAAUAUACCCCUGGAAGAAACCUGAAAAUUGUGAAAAUGAUGACACUACGUGGGAAACAGUCCACAGUGAGUGCUCUGCGAUUACAAACCACUCGAGGCUCGUCAUACCAUCAUCAGUCACGCCACUGAAUAUGUCUUUGCCAGAUACAUUACGAGAGAAUGAAACUGCAUCUAAAAAUCAGCAGAAUAGCAAAGAUUUAGCACAACUACUAGCAAGCUAUGGCCAAACAAGCGACGUGAAUCAUCUAAUCGAUGUCUUAAGUGAAGCAGUGAGACGACGUGUCCAGUCGUUGCCUUUUAUUGAAGAAGUUGAGUCAUUGAAUAAAAACGUAGCUAAUGUUGCGAUACUAUUUUCAGGAGGUUUAGAUUCAAUGAUUUUAGCUGCUUUGGCCGACCGUCACAUCCCUACGCACGAACCUAUAGAUCUACUUAACGUUGCUUUCAAACUACAAGAGCCAAAAGUACAGAAAGUAGCUGGGAACAAGUCGAAAAAGCACAAAUGUAAAGCCUCAAACGCAAAUAUGGAGAACUGUGAAGUGAAACCAGCCUCUAGUCCGUUUGAUGUGCCAGAUCGCAUCACGGGGAAAGCUGGUUUGGAGGAAUUGGAAGUUUUGAAUUCGAAGAGAAAGUGGAAUUUUGUGGAGAUUAAUAUAAGACCAGAGGAGCUGCAGGAAACGAGGAGGGAGAGGAUCAGUCACUUGGUUUACCCCCUGGACACGGUGCUGGACGACAGUAUUGGUUGUGCCGUGUGGUUUGCAGCGAGAGGAAGAGGAGUCAUCAGAGACGGAAGUGAAGAGCGGCCAUUCACGUCUGAAGCAAAGAUCGUUCUGACAGGGAUUGGAGCUGAUGAGCAGUUGGCGGGAUACUCCAGACACAGAGUCCGGUUUAAGACCUCGGGACCUCAGGGACUUCUGGAGGAACUGUCCAUGGAGCUGAACCGGAUCUCCAGCAGGAACCUGGGCCGAGACGACAGAGUGAUCGGAGACCACGGCAAAGAGGCCAGGUUCCCAUACUUGGACGAGGACGUGGUGAGCUUCCUUAACUCUCUUCCCGUUUGGACUAAAGCCGAUCUGUCUCUUCCUCGAGGAGUCGGGGAAAAACUGCUUUUGCGACUCGCUGCUAAACACCUGGGCCUGGGUCAGUCCUGCGUCCUGCCCAAAAGAGCCAUGCAGUUUGGCUCUCGAAUCGCCAAAAUGGAGGACAACCGCGAAAAGGCAUCGGACAAGUGCACAAGACUUUUAACUGGAUAAACUUUUAUUACAAUCGACGGGAGGAACAAUUGAAUAAAUACAAACUUGAUUAUAAAAAUGUCAUUAUAU